GGGAGGAGGAGGACGAGGCUGCCGGGAUAGCGGCGGACCUGCCCGCGGCCUCGCUCCGGUCCUCUGGCCGCCCCGGGAAGCCCCGGCUGCGGCGGGCCCUGCCCGCUCCCCCGCCCGCCGGGCCCGCUUCUCUGGGGAGCCUCGCCCAGGCCCAUGGCCCCAUGAGGCGGCAGAAGGCGGCGGGGCAGCAGCGGCGGCGGCGGGGCUGAGGCGGAGGAGAAGCCGGGCCGGGUGCAGGAGGGUUCUACAGUGCUCCAGGCAGCAGGUUUUGAAGCAGGAUGGGAAAAAGACGCUGUGUUCCUCCACUUGAGCCCAAGCUGGCAGCUGGCUGUUGUGGGGUGAAGAAGCCCAAAUUGUCUGGGAGUGGAACGCACAGUCAUGGGAAUCAGACCACAACUGUACCAGGCUCCAGUUCAGGUCCUCUUCAGAACCACCAGCACACAGACGGGAAUAAUGGAAGGGAGAACGUAUCUGACUUGACUUUGGGCCCAGGAAAUUCCCCAGUUACUCGAAUGAAUCCCACUUCAGGAGCUUUGAGCCCACUGACUCGGCCUAAUGGAACUGCCAACAGCACCAAGAACCUGGUGGUGACAGCGGAAAUGUGCUGCUACUGCUUUGAUGUACUCUACUGUCAUCUCUACGGGUUCCCUCAGCCACGGCUUCCUCGAUUUACCAAUGACCCCUAUCCACUCUUUGUGACGUGGAAGACGGGGCGAGACAAACGGCUUCGUGGCUGCAUCGGGACCUUUUCAGCCAUGAAUCUUCACUCAGGACUCAGGGAAUACACAUUAACCAGUGCACUUAAGGACAGCCGAUUUCCCCCCCUGACCCGCGAGGAGCUGCCCAAACUCUUCUGCUCUGUCUCCCUCCUCACUAACUUUGAGGAUGCCAGUGACUACCUGGACUGGGAGGUUGGUAUCCAUGGGAUCAGAAUAGAGUUCAUCAAUGAGAAAGGUGUCAAACGCACAGCCACGUAUUUACCUGAGGUUGCUAAGGAACAAGACUGGGAUCAGAUCCAGACCAUAGACUCCUUACUCAGGAAAGGUGGCUUUAAGGCUCCAAUUACCAAUGAUUUUAGGAAAACAAUUAAACUCACCAGGUACCGCAGUGAGAAGGUGACAAUCAGUUAUGCAGAGUACAUGGCCUCCCGCCAGCAUUGUUUCCAGAAUGGCACUCUUCAUGCCCCCCCCCUCUACAAUCAUUACUCCUGACACACGGCUGCAUGACCAGUCCCACUCCCCAGUUGCUGCCAACGGCUACGACAUCAUUGGGGCAGACGCCUCCUCUUCCUGGUCCAGUUACUUCUAUUACUGCACCAUUUUAUGAUGCUAGCUUCCGUUGCCAAGUCUGCCUUCCUGCUGACCUGGGGGGAGGAUGAGAGUGUGACAGGACUUCAGGGGCCCAAGCCUUAUCUCAGCCUUCCCUCUGAGUGGGGGUUCAGUUGGAUUGGGGCUCCAUGCCUACGAACUGUCGUGAGGUGGAGAAGACCUCUCGGAGUUGAAAGUGCUGCUUCAGACUGAUCCACUCCUGGGUGUUAAUGACACUGUGGAAACUUGAGUUGCUUGUUAUGGAAACCCCCCAGAUCAAGUAGGAGCAUUCCCCUGGCAGCCUGGGCAACGGAGUCCAACAAAACAUUUUUUAGGUUCUUUUUAAUUUUUUUUUAACUCUGGUAUCUGUUGUGUACUGAGAGCUGAUUGCAGUCCCCACGCAUCACAGGUGGACAUCUUAAUACUGGGGAGGGUUGAACACCUGGAUGGCACCCCAUCCUCACCAACAGAAAACACUUAGAGAUGUGAAAAAUUAAUCCAUUAUUUAAAUAAACCCUAGAAGGCUUUAAGGCUCUCUGAUCCUUGAUAGGUCAGAUUCUUUAGAAAUUCUCUUGGUUUACAGUUUUCUGGGUUUUCAGACAGAGCUUGGUGAUGAAGCCUGCUAUGAAACAGAAUGCUGUUGUGCCCACAAGAGAGCAAUAUGGCACAUGCUGUGUAUGGGGAGGAAAAGGUACUCGUGUAUCCCUGGGCAGUCUUCUCUGUUAAGACCAAGUUUUGUUUCCAAAUAUUUGUAGCAGAUUGGAUUAGGGCUGGGGAGGUAUUUGCAUGGCAUUGACUGUAGUCAUACAGUGAGACUGGUGACUGAAAUUUGUUUAAGCUAACUGUCUUGGGGACCUUCCUAUUGCUAGGACAGCCACCUCCUCUGGUGUGACUACCAGUCUUCAGGGCAGGGAGUGUCCCAGUUUGUAGCAGGCCUAUGGAAUAGAGGUGUGGAAUUUCCCUCCUAAGAUUUAUCAGCUUAGUCGUACUCCAUCAAGGCAGUGAGUGGGGAAACCUGUACUACCCAAACUGGGUGAAACUCGUGUGCAUUCUGUAUUUCUUCUCCCAUGAUUGAUGAUCACAAGAAAUACUCUCUUCUAAGAGGGAGUUGAGUUACCAGUUGUUGUCCUGCAGCGUCAUUGAGGGAUGUCAUAAACUCUAAAUUAUGACACUCUCUCAAUAAGGUAACUGGACUUGAAAAUAUAGUUUGGGGUGGUGUUGGUUGGUUUGUUUUCCAAGUUUCUGGAGGGUCAGUAAUGAUUGGGAAAGCAGAUACGAGUGCAUAGCAGAGCCAUGGCUGUUUGAUUGCACGUAUCUUUAGAGCCUGCUUACGUGGGGUCAUUGGCUGGCGUUGGAAGCCUGAAAUUCUGCUGUGGUACGGCAGGGAAUAGGGCUAGUGGGAAGCUACGAACUACAGGCUGCUGCUCCUGAUCCUAAGGAAGCAACGCACAACUGUGCAGUUUUGCUUUGUGUUGGUGUAAGGGAGAGAGAUGUGAGGGAGGUUACUCUGGAUAACGGUGCAAUAUCGACCCAGCUUUCACCCUGUUCUGGGUCAUUCUUAUAAAUUGCCACUUUUCCCUUGUGGUGGUGUUGGAAAGCAAUUGAAGAUGAAGGGAUUGUUCACGACUUUCUGCUGCUGAGAAUAAAUCCGUCUUGUUACAAACCACUCCAGUUUGUAACUACUCUCCCAGGUGCCAUGUAGUGAUGGGGGAGGGUGGGGUCAGCUCUGGACAUACCACUUACCUUUCAGCUGUCAAACAGUAUGAUACAUAGGGCUACACUCAUUACUGUUCAAGUGUUCUAUGUUAGAAUUUAAUUUCUAAAAGGUUUAAAAAAAGCAAAAAAAUGGUGCUAAAACUUCACCCCUGAGCACGCUCGGUGAGACUGGUCAUGCAGGCGUACAGUGCCAGGCUUUUCAACUAUACUGUUUCUUUUUCAGAUGUUCGCCCUGUUCUGUGUCUUCAACAGUGUAUAGUGUUUUCCUGAUUUCAGUUUCUUUGACUAGGGGAUGACUAAGGGGUGGGGUGGGGAGGGUUUAGCUGUAAUUUUUUUAAAGAACAGAAUUUUAGGAUUGAGAGACUUGGUCGGUUUAAGCCUGAAGUGGGACAGGUGGUUUGGGACUGGGGAAGUCUUACCCUCUCCCACUUCUAUUUCUCCACUCAGUCUGUUUAGAAAAAACAAAACAAAACAAAAAACAACAAAAACAAAAAUGCCUCUAAAUAUGUACUGUGUUCUUGUCUUGUUGCAGUGAGAAGAGAAGCUGGCAGGUCAGAAACACUGGUCUGCUGCCUAAGGAACAGGCCCUCCCAGCUUUUGUCCCAUAAGGGUCCAGCUAUAAAAUCAGUUGAAAACUGUGUCAGUAGCUAAGUUAGCUCAGAGAAAUGUAUGACAAGGACAGGUGGUCUCAGGAAAUAAUCCCAUUUCUAGAUCAUUACACGGCAGCUAUGCAUAAGGAUGAAAGAGGUGAACUAAAAACAAAAUGUGUACUUUGAGUUGUCCCAAGAUGGAGGCAACCAAAAUCAGUGACCAGCUGAUACGAGUGGUUGCUUGGCUGUGGACAGCAGGUUAGAACUACUUCUCAAAGCAGCUGUUACCUGGUUAGAUCUGGAUUAACUCAUCCUUAGAAGCAAGUGCCUUUUGGUCUAGAAGGGCUUAUUCUCAUGACAGCCACAACUGAGGAAUAAUCUCACUGCAAUGAUGAAAUGUCUUUGUUUUACAGUAACUACAGGAGAAUGUCUUUGAUCACUGGAGUCUGUCAGUGUUGGAAUGUUUCCACUGUGAGGUUCUUAAUUUUAUUUUUUUUUUUUAUUGUUCAACAGUCAAUCUCAACUGAGGCCAUUUCAGUUUGGGAACGUUUUGUAGUCAAAAUAUCACAUAUCUACAAUUUAUCAGAACAAAAAAAAAUCUACAAGGAAAUCUAAGAGUUCAUUUUAACCUUUGCACAGAAUAAUUUGUUCUCCUAGUACAUUAACAAACCUCUGCAAUCUUCACUGACCAUUAGUGCUGUUUUCUGUUUGUAUUCUGGAAACUACAUGUUGUUUUGUUGGGUUUCUUUGGUUAAUUUAUUUCCUUAAAGCAGGAGACCUCUUUUGACCUUCAGUGCAGAGAUGUCAGACCAAUUCUUUGUAUUACACUUGGUUGCCUCCUACCUAUAUAAUAACUUCUGAGUGUAAAUAAUUGAACUCUAUCCUCUAAUGAAUUAUUGUAGAGAAUAAAUCAUAAUGGAUAAAGA